UUCGUUUCUCCGAGCCUGAAGAGAAAGCUUCUGCACUGCACAAACGAGGAAGUGAGCAGUGGCCGCCGGCCUCCUUCCCUCCGUGUCCGCCAGUCUCUCCUUGGCAAGGAGAGGAUAUAAUGCAGCACUUGUCUUGGCUCCUGUGCGCUGGGCACCCCUCACCUCGGCGCUGGAAGCAGGGCGACUCCGGGAGACGACACGGCGAGCCGCGCAGAGCCCGGCGGAGAGAGAGGCGCACAGCGGCAGGAUUUGAUUGAAAUAUCCAUGAAAUAACAUACCAGCUGGCUCCCAGAGAUGGCAACAAAGAACUGGGUGCCCGGCACGCAGUGUGUGGCCAAGAGCGACCACACCAAGCCCAAAGCUGGCGAGCUGGCCUACCGUAAGGGAGACAUCCUCACCAUCGUGGAGAUUGGAACAGGAAAGGGACUGUACAGAGCUCGCCACAACAAGACCGGGGACGAGGGGCUCAUCUCCGCGGGCAACGUGCGCGAGAGGGAGGCCAUCCGCGUGGACCCCAGCCUCAGCCUCAUGCCCUGGUUCCAUGGGAAGAUCUCGGGGCCGGAGGCGGUGAACAAGCUCCGCCCCAUGGAAGACGGCCUGUUCCUGGUGCGCGAGUCCAUCCGACACCCUGGGGACUACGUGCUGUGUGUCAGUUUCCAAAAGGAGGUCAUCCACUACCGGGUCAUCUACAAGGACAACAAGCUGACCAUCGACAACACGCAGUACUUUUACAACCUGAUUGACAUGAUCGAGUUCUACAUGAAGAACAAGGGAGCCAUCGCCACUACCCUGCAGAAACCCAAACAGAAAGAAGGAGCCAAAUCCGCCAAGGAAGAGCUGUCUAAAGCGGGGUGGCUGCUGGAUAUCGAGAAGCUGACCCAGGGACAGAGCAUCGGAGAGGGCGAGUUCGGGGCGGUGUAUGAAGGGGAGUACAUGGGCCAAAAAGUGGCGGUGAAGAACAUCAAGUGUGAUGUCACCGCACAGGCCUUCCUGGAGGAGACCACUGUCAUGACGAAGCUGCAGCACCCGAACCUGGUGCGCCUGCUGGGCGUGAUCCUGCACAACGGCCUGCACAUCGUCACCGAGUUCAUGGCCAAGGGCAACCUGGUGAACUUCCUGCGCACCCGGGGACGAUCAGUGGUUGGAACCAGACAGCUUCUGCGCUUCUCCCUGGAUGUGUGCGAGGGCAUGGAAUACCUAGAGUCCAAGAAGCUGGUGCACAGAGACCUGGCCGCCCGCAACAUCCUCAUCUCCAGCGACAGUGUGGCCAAGGUCAGCGACUUUGGCCUGGCCAAGGUGGACACCAAGACCUCAGACAACGCCAAACUGCCUGUCAAGUGGACUGCUCCCGAGGCACUGAAGAAAGAGCAGAAAUUCUCUACGCGUUCAGAUGUCUGGAGCUAUGGGGUUCUUCUCUGGGAAACCUUCUCCUACGGCAGACAGCCCUAUCCAAAAAUGUCCCUGAAGGAGGUGAAAGAGAAGGUCGAGCACGGAUACCGGAUGGAGGCCCCCGACGACUGCCCCCCCAGCGUGUACGCCCUGAUGCGGAGCUGCUGGGAGAGCGACCCGGGGAAGAGGCCGUCCUUCCGCAAGCUCCGGGACAAGCUGGAGAAGGAGCUGCGGGCCUGCGGCGCCGGGGCCGCGUCCUGAGCCGGGGGGGCUCCGGGAAGGGCUAGCGGCAGAGCUCGGGAAGCUGGCCUGGCCGAGAGCUCUGUUCGCUCGGCACCAGGGCCCGUUCUGCCCGCCGCCUGGGGGUGCUGGCGUGUGUCUGCCCUGUAGCAGGGCUCCCGUAAAGGACGUGGGGUAUUAGUCAGGCGGGGCUGUGGCUGCUGAGAAUCCCACAUUCCAAGCCAGAGCUCGGAUCCACCGCUCACGUCAGCCACUCUCUUGGGCACUGGUCCUGUGCAGAAUGCAGAAACCAGUUUUUUUUUUCUUUCGUUUUGGUGUUUCGUGACCUGCACCGACGCCUUGCUCACCUGUCGCCCCGAAUUUGAAUCACCCGGGCUCUUUUCUUCGCCCCACACUUCGCCGAGGGCUGAGGCUCGGGGUGGGGCGUCCUCAGAGCCUCCUGUCUGUCUCGCUCCCCGUUGGGACCCCCUCACCUGAGGGUGCCAGACUGCCGGUGCUCAAGAGCAGAGAACCGGGUCUUUGCCAGGACGUAGCGGUGAGGCAGGGAGGGGGAAUUGGAAACACAACCUCUGUGCCAAAGUCAUUGGAUGCCAAAGAAAACCUGCUUCUGUAGCUGAGACAUUGACCGUUAUACCCAGACCUUCAGAGGCAAAGCGCCGGUAAGCACUUACAAAACUAUGGAUCUUUUCUAAGCAUUCAGAAGGAAGCCCAGGUGACAAGACGGAUAGCAUUUCUUCUCUGGUUCCACUCCAAACCAACAAAAAUGCGGAACAAAUCCAGAAGGAAGCCGAUAAAGGAAAUGGUUGCAUGUGGUCAGAUAUGUUUACACUAGGACCCUCCUCUCCCUCUCAUACAGAGCAGUGAUUUCCUUACCUUUCCCAUCUCUUCACAUGGGGUGACCUCUGUGCACACUAUAUAAUAAGUACCUAUAACAAUAAAAGCUCCUUAAAGGCUGUACAUCUUGGAAACCACAAUAAAGAAUGUUAUUUAAAAUUGUGUUUUGCAUUGCAGAUGCAUUAUGUUGUGGUGGACAGGGGCAGGAUUACUGUAACACUGAGGGGAAUGCAGUUACAGCGACCCAGCUCAGUGCCAUGCGGUCUCCUUCUUUGCUCUUGCAGAACCUGGGCUGUUCUGAAGAAAUUAAUCCCUGGGCUGAGUGCCCUCUGUGGAGUCCUGACACAAAUACUGAGAGAAAGAAACACAGCUGAUCCUGGAUUACAGCUCUCUUCAUUCAGUCACGUAAUUGUCUACAAUAUGCCCUGGGACUUGGGGCUUAAUAUGCAAAAUCUUGAAUGUUAUUGCUGAUAUAAGUAAGGAAUUACAGGACAGAAGGGCAGGGGCUUUACUGCUACAAGCUUUUAAAGAGUUAUAGAUCAAGAUGUCUUUCUGUUUCAAACAAAGAAUCCAUUAUGAGACUCGAGACAGACUGUUUUUGCCUGCUUACAGGUUGAUGAGCACACAUUUUCUACAUUCCAGCUUCAUCCCUGUCAUGUUCCUGCAGGUCUGACUGUCGUGAAGGUGCUCUUUGUGGGAGUGCUGUAAAUUGACAGACUCGCAGGCAGGCAGCGGGCUCAGAGCUGAGGCAGUGGGGUAGAGAGGCAGCGUGGAGGAGUGAGAUUAGAGUUGAUUGCAUCUGAUGGAGAAAGGCAAUUAUUUCUCUGAAAAGUCUGCAAAAAUUUGGUCUGAUAAUUGUCUAAAAAAUCUUGAAACAUUCCUGUAUGGGAUAAAAUCUAUCUAAACCAGAAAUCCUGAUUGUCCUUUCUGAUUGACCCAACCCAGAUGACUUGUUGCUUUUGAAUUGUAGUUCUGGGCCUUUUCCGAAGCAGCUGUCAGCUGUUUAUAACGUCUUAAGCCCGGUUUUUAGCUUUUCCCCAUGGGAGCAGGCACAGAUGGAAUCCUCAGCCCUGUGCUGUGGUGUGGCAGGACAG